GUAAAAAUACCAUUUUUCAAACCGGUUAUAUUCCAGAAGAAAACCACUACCAAAAAUGAAUCUCGGUACUACAAAAAAGAUAAUGUGGCCAGUUGCACGCAGAAGAAUGCGAUGCUUAUUCCUCAUCCGGUCACUGCCUUUCUCUUCCCAUAGCUCAUCUUCCCCUUCCAAACCCCAACCACCUCGCUCCCUCUACAACUCUCUUCCCACACUCUCCGCACUAAAAUCUUCCCCUUCUUUUCCGCCUUCAAUUUCGUCUCCUGCUUUCCGUGCUUUCUGUUCAAAAUCCGGAGGAGCAAUGGCGUCGUCGCAGCUACAGAAUCAGGACUAUGUGUCCUACCUCACGCAGCUAGAAGCGGCGGAGAUAGAUGAGACUCUCAUGGGCCCUCUCGGCUUUAGCGUCGAUCAGUUGAUGGAGCUGGCUGGAUUGAGCGUCGCCACAUCAAUAGCUGAGGUCUAUAAACCAGCUGAGUAUAGUCGUGUUCUUGCUAUAUGUGGUCCUGGGAAUAAUGGCGGUGACGGGUUGGUAGCUGCUCGUCAUCUGUAUCAUUUUGGGUAUAAGCCAUUUGUUUGCUAUCCAAAGCAUACCCCCAAGCCUCUUUAUAAUGGUCUGGUGACUCAGCUGGAAUCAUUGUCAAUCCAGUUCUUGUCAGUGGAUGACCUGCCUGCAGAUUUGUCAAAGGACUUUGACAUUUUAGUAGAUGCAAUGUUUGGGUUCUCAUUCCAUGGUACACCCAGACCACCUUUUGAUGAUCUGAUCCAAAGGCUAAUUUACUUACACAAUUAUGAUCAAACACGGCAAAAAUCCCCAGUUAUUGUAUCUGUAGAUAUACCAUCUGGGUGGCAUGUCGAGGAAGGAGAUGUUACCAGUGAAGGAAUUAAACCUGACAUGUUGGUUUCUUUAACUGCUCCAAAAUUAUGUGCCAAGAAAUUUCGUGGUCCACACCACUUUCUAGGUGGUAGAUUUGUCCCUCCAUCUAUUGCACAGAAAUACAACCUUCAUCUCCCUCCAUAUCCUGGUACAUCUAUGUGUGUCCGAAUAGGAAAGCCGCCACAAGUUGACAUAUCAGCUCUUAGAGAGAACUAUAUCUCUCCAGCACUUCUUGAGGAGCAGCUAGAGGUUGAUCCUAUUGAUCAGUUUCGUAAAUGGUUUGAUGAUGCAGUGGCUGCUGGCCUGCGGGAGCCCAAUGCCAUGUGUCUGUCAACAACUGGCAAGGAUGGAAAACCCUCAUCAAGAAUGGUAUUGCUAAAAGGAGUUGAUAGGGAUGGUUUUGUCUGGUACACAAAUUAUGAAAGUCGAAAGGGCCAUCAGUUAUCAGAAAAUCCAAAUGCAUCACUUCUUUUUUACUGGGAAGGUCUUCACCGGCAGGUAAGGGUGGAGGGAUCUGUACAGAAAGUUUCUGAUGAAGAAUCCGAACAGUACUUCCACAGCCGUCCUCAAGGAAGUCAGCUUGGAGCUGUUGUUAGCCAGCAGAGUACCGUGAUUCCUGGAAGGCUUGUUCUGCAUCAUGAAUACAAAGAAUUAGAGGAAAAAUAUUCUGAUGGAAGUUUGAUUCCAAAACCAAAGCACUGGGGUGGAUACAGACUUAAACCUGAGCUUAUUGAGUUUUGGCAGGGACAGCCGUCACGUUUGCAUGACAGGUUGCAAUAUUCCCCUCAAGAGGUCAGUGGAAAACGCAUAUGGAAAGUUUCUCGAUUGGCACCCUGACUAGUAUUUCCAGCUUCUACAUUGUGAAGAUAACCAUCUAUGGUACCUUUCUAUUUCAUAUAGCUCCUUUUUAUGGAAACCUUGAACCUCUCUUUUCCAAAUAUGGUGCAUCUGAAAUUUGUGAGGCUGGAGAGUGUUUGAAUAAUUUGCAUGGGCGGAGUCCCCUAAAUGUUCCAUAGCUUAAGCCUUGAGAUGUACACUGUUCUUUGUGAUAGGAAGCACAAAGGUAGUGACAGUUGCUACAAUACUACAAUUACCCUUCUGUUUUUGUCUCUUUCUGUGUACAAUAAUAACACAAUACUUUU